CAGCAGCGCCUGCUCGACGGGGCGAUGGACGCGGCGCUGUUCCACGAGUUGGAGGCCCAGGGCGCCGCCCCGCAGGGUGUCGCGCCCAUCGUCGACGCCGACGCGGGCAACGCUGCGCCGGCGUGUGGCGCAGGCGACGCGAUGCACGUGGGCGCCUAUGGGGGCGCCUGCGCGCGCGUGAGGCGCGACACCUCCGGCGAGAACAACAUGCGGGCGUGGUUCACCAAGGACUCCGGCGCGCAGAAGAACAACAUCCUCGACGCUGAGGCAGAGCUCCGGUUGGGCGUGACCACGUCGCAGAUCGACAACCUGAACAGGGACGACAACGCCUCGGCCGCCACCGGCCGUGCCAACGCCGACGCCGUUUUCAAAGCCAGCGCGGUGGCGCGCACUGGCAAGGCGCAGGGCGGCGGAGAUGACGGCGGCGCGGGCGGCGGCGCGGUCGCGGAGGAUGUCGAGAACAUCUACGACAGCAAUUUCUACUCCGCGCGCGCCGCGACCAUCGCCAGGUACGUUAACUUCCUCGGUGACGAGAGGGCGAAGCUGGACUUGACGGCUGCGGAGGCGCACAUGCCCAUGCGCGAGGACAGGGCCGCGCACCACAUCAUGAAGGAGCUGAGAGGCAGGUUCGGCGCCAAGCGCUACUGCGCGCCACAGGGGCCGGAGGUGAUGGGCAUCAAAAAGGGCAAACUGACGGCGGAUGGCGGGCUGCUGCCGCGUGGGCUGGUCGCGAAGAUCAGCAGCGCCAUCGCGGGGUCGGCGGGCCCCGCGCACCCGGCGCGGCUGUCCACCGAGCGCUGCAAGCACGCGACGGAGGCGGCGCUCAACGAGGAUGAGUCGGGCGCGGCGGCGCAAGUGGUGGCGUCCCUCACCCAGCACAACCAGGCCAACGGCACCAACAUGCGCGCGAUCAGCACGCAGUUCACGGACGG